GCACCCUGAGAUGUGUUCAUAGCAGAAGAAGUAGGGAUCUGGUCUGCCUCUUUAGUGGCUUUCCAGGUCAAAAGCUCAGAUCCCAAGGUGGAACUGGUUGUUGAGGUUUUGCAAAGCACCUGGAAAAGGCUGGCACCUGAGCUCCAAAACAAUCUCAGAGGAUUGGGACUCUCUGGGUCCCUUGAAAAAUCUCUUUUCCCCCUCCCCAUCCUGAGAAUUGAUCCAUAGCAGAAGAAAUAGAGAUCUGGUCUGUCUCUUCAGUUAUUUUCCAGCUCAAAAGCUGAGAUCCCAAGCUGGAAUUGGUCACUGGGGUUUUGCAAAGCACCUAGAAAAGGCUGGCACCUGAGCUGCAAAACAAUCUCGGAGGAUUGGGACUGUUUGGAUCCCUUGUAAAUUUCAUUUCCCCCCUCCCCAUCCUGAGAUUGGUUCCAUAGCAGAAAAAGUAGGGAUCUGGUCUAUCCCUUUUAGGUCAAAAGCUCAGAUUCCAACCUGGCAGAGCCAGUGGGAAGCAUCAGCUUUCCUACCCAGAGAACCAGGUAUCCAGAAAGACCUUUAGUGGUGAAGGGUGUGAACUCCCUUGAGGGGUGUGCCAACCAAGAGAAAGCGGGCAGUGCCAGGCCAAAGCUGGCAAGGCAGAGCUCAGAUCAAGAAAACAAACAACAGCAAGAACAAGCCGAUUGCAGCACAGCGUAGCCAGGGAGUUGAUCAAAUAAAAGGACAGGUUUUUAUCUCAAUCUUAAGCCGAAGGAAAAACAGGGCAGACUUUGAAGAUUAGAAGAACAGAAAGAAAUUAAAACUUACCAGGAAGAAGCUGGGGGGAAAAAGGGAAUCAAAUACUCUCCGCUCAUGGUGGUGGCACAGGCUGAAAUAAACAUUGCCUUGUAGAAAAACAGCUGCUGUGUACUCCGCUGGCCUCAGAGGACAUCAAGGUGUCGAAGGCUGCAUUUGGCAGAAGAAGAAAUGAUUGCAAUUCAGCUCUAGCAACAGCCAACAAAGUGGUAGUUUGCAAACAAGAGUGGCGAUACUCCUGGGUGCGUCAUAAGAUGGGGAAGGGAUUUGGAAGGUUCACCCAGUCUUCUAAACCCCUCCGAGAUACUAUCUGCAAAAUGAUCGACCCGCACUUCCAGUUAUGAAACACAUGGUGGGUUUAAAUUCUGUCUUCUGGCCUAAAUGACUUUUCUUUCCUGGAUCGACCUGCCGAUGAAGUGGACCUCCUUUUUCACACGAACCUAUGCAGGCCAGGAAAAAAUACAUCUUCAUGACUUUCUUGGCCACUUGGCUUCUGCUCUCCCUGUUUGGAGGAGACCAAAUCCGACGCUUUGCCUUCCUCUCCAGCAAGAAAGCUGCCGGGCUGAGGAGCUGGCCCCGCUGGGCAGACGGAUUUCUCUUGAAGAGCUUUGCUGGUCCAGAGGAGCUCCAGAGCGAUGAGGCGGACACUGACGAACAAUCCCCCAAGGCCCGGCGAGAGUUGAGGAGGAACAUUUAUAAGAACAGCCACUGCCGUAUGGAAACGUGCUUUGAUUUUUCCAAAUGCAGGGAGCAUGGCUUCAAGGUCUUCGUCUAUCCCUUGGAAAGUGGGGACCUUGUGUCGGAAAGUUACCUCAAAAUCAUUGCAUCCCUUGAGGAGUCGCGCUACUACACCUCCAACCCUGAAGAGGCCUGCCUCUUUGUCCUCAACAUUGACACUUUGGAUAGGGACCACCUCUCCCCAAGGUACGUUCACAACAUUAACGAAAAGAUCCACGGUUUCCCACUGUGGAACGACGGCCGAAAUCAUCUCAUCUUUAACCUUUAUUCGGGCACGUGGCCUAACUACACGGAGGACUUGGGCUUCGACAUUGGUCAAGCCAUCCUAGCCAAGGCCAGCUUCUACAUGGAGAACUUCCGGCCUGGUUUUGACAUCUCCAUCCCUUUGUUUUCAAGGGACCAUUCCCAGAAAGGUGGGGAGAGGGGCUGGCUGCAUAAGACCUCUGUCCCACCAAAGAAAAAAUACCUCUUGGUUUUUAAAGGGAAACGCUACCUGACGGGCAUUGGAUCCGACACUAGGAACGCUCUCCAUCAUAUCCACAACGGCAAAGACAUUAUAUCCCUGACCACGUGCAAACAUGGCAAAGACUGGGAGAAGCACAAGGACAAACGGUGCGAUAAGGACAAUGCAGACUACGAAAGGUUUGAUUAUCAGGAGCUUUUGCACAACUCUACCUUUUGCAUCAUUCCCCGAGGGAGACGAUUGGGAUCCUUCCGAUUUCUAGAAGCACUGCAGGCCGCCUGCAUCCCUGUGCUGCUCAGUAAUGGCUGGGAGCUGCCAUUUUCGGAAGUGAUCGAUUGGAGUAAAUCCGCCAUUGUUGGGGAUGAGAGGCUCCUUUUGCAGAUUCCAUCUACAGUCCGAUGUCUCCCCAGCGACAAGAUCCUGGCCUUCCAGCAGCAGACCCAGUUCCUUUGGGAAGCUUAUUUUUCUUCCGUGGAGAAGAUUGUGCAGACCACCCUUGAGAUAAUAAAAGAUCGGAUAUUUCAUCAAGAAUCCCGCCCAAGGUUCUUGUGGAACACGCUUCCAGGGGGGCUGUUAGCACUGCCAGAAUUCUCCACUCACCUGAAUGACUUCCCUUUCUACUACCUGCAGCAAGGAUCCAGUCCUUCAGGCAAGUUUACGGCAUUCAUCCGGGCUGUGUCACCAGUUGUCUCCCUCUCCCAGCCCAUCCUCAAGCUCAUCCAAGCAGUCUCCCAAUCCCAGUACUGUGCCCAGAUUUUAGUUUUAUGGAGCUGUGAGAAACCACCACCACAAAGCAGUAAAUGGCCGCAAACAGCAGUUCCAUUGACAGUUAUCCACGGCAGCAACAAGGUCAGUGACCGGUUUUUGCCUUACUCCGCCAUCGAAACAGAUGCAGUAUUGAGCCUGGAUGAACACAGCAGCCUCUCAACAAGUGAGGUUGACUUUGCCUUUGGGGUGUGGAGAAGUUUCCCAGACCGGAUUGUAGGCUUCCCUAUGCGCAGCCAUUUCUGGGAUGCUGGCAAGAGCCAAUGGAGUUACACCUCAAAAUGGACCAAUGAAUUCUCCAUGGUUCUCACUGCAGCAGCAUUCUACCACAGGUAUUAUCACAGCCUCUUCACCAAUUAUUUGCCUGCUCGGCUAAGGAGCCUCAUUGAUCAGAUCGCCAACUGUGAGGACAUAUUGAUGAACUUCCUAGUUUCUGCUGUCACCAAGCUACCUCCCAUUAAAGUGACCCAGAAAAAACAACUCAGAGAGAGCCUCCCUCAACAGCUACUGAAGAGUGCUCCUCCGUCCAACGGGAACCUUCAUUUUUCUCAGCGCCAGGAAUGUGUCAAUCAAUUUGCAACCUGGUUUGGGUACAUGCCUCUGGUGCAUUCUCAGUUUCGCCUGGAUCCUGUGCUCUUCAAAGACCAGGUGUCAGUGCUACGGAAGAAGUACCGCCAUCUAGAGAGGGAUUAGCUUCUGGCAAAAAAAACAACCACCUACUCUUGGGCUGAAUAGAUGCCAGAGCAAAAGGGAAGACACACCAAAAGCAGCCCUCUCCCUGGUGGACCGUGGGAAUACUGCAACAGUACUAAUCUGGACCUGAUUGGACCCAUCCGUAUAGUCAUUGCUCUUGUUGGGAUGGAGGCAGCAUCUACUGUAUCAGAGAAACCUUUCAGACUUUGGGUACCAUAAGGUGGAGCCUCAUCUCACUGGUAGCUAUGGAGGUGCCAGAUGAAUUUUCACUCUUUAUUGGGUUUUACCAGUACAAAUAAAAAGGUUUGCAGGAA